AUGGCGCCUAGCACACGAGCGCUUUUCCGGACGUAUUCGCUGCGCAAGUAUAGAGGCUUCCAUCGCUUUCUCGACCUUCCGCAAGAGAUUCGAUUGAUGACGUACAACCACAUCUUCAACAACUCGAUCAUCACAUACGAAAAGAGUCCUGUUACGCAGUCGCGACCAGCGGAACCCAGUCGUCCUUCGCACGUCACUGACCAUCGCAACAUCCUUAUGACAUGUAAGAGCAUUCGUCGGGAAGGUCUCUAUAUCUACUAUGCGGUGUCUGAGCUAUACCUGAAGCCUGCGAGAGAACUCCGAUACCUCCCCGCAUCGUACUGUUGGGAUGUGUCGAUUGACUACCAGAUUCUGCCUCUACUACUGCGGCGCUUCUGCCAGCAUCUCACUGUGCCAGUACGGUCCAAAUGGCAAUUUCCUGGACUCUGCCAAGUCUUUCCACAGCUCGCCAUGUUGAAUUUGGCAACAGAUCUCAUCGUAAACCUGGAGAAGGAUCAUCUGGACAUGCCCCUUCAAUCAGCCUUCUGGCACAUCUACGACAAGGGUUUCUCAGUAAGCUGGAAUGUAGGAGAGUACAGCAUCGAUCCGGCGGAAAUCGAAGCGAAGACAUUGCAAUUGUACAGCCAAGAGAAGCGGGUCACAGUCUAUUCAACCUUUUGGGUCAAGGAGGAUAUGAUGGCACCGACUUACAGCAGAGUCAACAUUGGGGUCUAUGCGAACCUUAGCACCAGAGAGAUCUUGCGAUGCACUCCGAAAUUGGAUACUGACACCCUCGUCAUAGAUCUGUUACCGCUGAAUUCGGCCGAGGUUCAAGCGCGAGGAUCUCGAAGAGCUCGAGAAACGGACCGGACGCGCCCCAAAUUCGGUAGUUACGUUGCGUCCUUGUUGUCUUGCCACGAGACUGAUUCGCAUCUCUCCAGCUUCGUCAAUCGGUUCGUCGACGCCGGACUACACCCAUCUGAGGUAUGA